AGUCUUUCGUGCCAGGGGCUGGUGACUAGCUAGUGAUUUUUUUUUAAUUUAAAAAUAAAAUAAAAACAACAAGAUUAAAAAAACGUUUUCUUUGACCUAACUUUAACACAUUCAAGAACGCAUCAUGAGGUCGUACUUUGUGCUAGCGGCCAUCCUUCUCGCCGCCGCCUGCAGUGCUCAGGAGAGCUUCAAAUGUCCCGACGACUUCGGAUUCUACCCUCACCAAAUUUCCUGCGACAAGUACUGGAAGUGCGACAACGGAGUCGCUGAACUCAAGACCUGCGGAAACGGACUCGCCUUCGACGCGACCGACAGCAAAUUCUUGACCGAAAACUGCGACUACCUUCACAACGUAAAGUGCGAAGAGAGGACGCAGCUCGAACCGGCAAUCAGUGCCCCGCACUGCUCACGCCUUUACGGAAUCUUCGGCGAUGACGACAAAUGCGACGUAUUCUGGAACUGCUGGAACGGUGAAGCUUCCCGCUACCAGUGCAGCCCUGGACUCGCCUACGACCGUGAAGCCCGUGUCUGCAUGUGGGCCGACCAGGUCCCCGAGUGCAGGAACGAUGAGGUUGCCGGAGGAUUCACCUGCCCAGCUGCCGGCGAAGUUAGCGGAGCUUCCGGAAGCUUCUCCAGGCACGCUCAUCCCGAAGACUGCAGAAAGUAUUACAUCUGCAUGGAGGGUGUUGCCAGGGAAUAUGGUUGUCCCAUUGGUACCGUAUUCAAAAUUGGCGACAGCGAUGGCAGCGGCGCCUGCUCAGAACCCGAAGAUGUUCCCGGAUGUGAGGAUUACUAUGGAGAAGUCGAUGUGAAGGCUCUGCGUAAGCUGGGAUUCAGAAAAUAGAACACUGUAGUUCCAACCAUCACUGACGAAGCUCAAGCAAAUGCAAAAGAAGAUAAAACCGUCUGUAACAGUACUGUUUUACUUAACCUCCAUUUUAUGUAAACUGCAUCUCUGGUCACGCUCUCUAGCUGUUGCAGCCUUCUCGCUGCAGUUCUCAUGCAUUUUUUGCCUUAUUUUAUGCAUUAUUAUUAUUAUCAUCCUUAUUAUGAUAUUAUUAUUAUUUUUAUUAUUAUUAUUAUUAAGAAACUACUCCCAGAAAAAUAAUCAUGUUAAUCGAAUAGACGUUUAUCUGUUCGUGAACCUGAUAAGACAAUUUAUUUGCUGUGAAGUUCAAUUUUUAUCAAUCUUGAAUAAAAUUUAGUAACCAAAGUAAAUGAUUGAUUGACGAAUUUUCUUCGGCUAAAUAAAUUUUUUAACAGGUACAGCAUUAGAUGAUAAAUUUUUUUCUGGGUGUAGGUGUUGAUAUGUUGUAAAUAAAUUGAAGAAACUUAAUGAAAAAAGUAAGAUGACUCGAAAAAACUUAUUUAUUCUCAAAGCAUUUCGUUAUUUAGUUAUACGAUACUUUUUUAUCAAACGCAAAUAUCGCGCAGUUUCAAAACCAAAAUUUUACAUUUACAUGAAUAUCAACGGAUUCAUUCAAAUCUCCUGGCACAUUUCUUUUCCCGUAAAACCAAUGUCGUCUACAACAUGCAGAGUACGCUAUAUCUAGGUAUACAAAUAUGCGGAAAUAUCGUGUGCAACGUAAACAAUCUUUACACAUUUCUAGCUUCGCGAAUAUUUUCGACAGAACAGUACUCAAACAUUAUUGCACGCAUUAGUGGUUUAUGAUCGGUAGGUUUAGAAUGAACCCGCCACACGAAAUACUUCAACUCUCUCUGAAGACAGACGCUAAUAAUCU